CUCUUUCUGACAGAGAAUCACAGCCUUCAUUAUUAAACUCUUUCUCUGACAAUUCAAACCACGGUGAAGACGUUUCUUAUUGAUCCAUCUUCCAGAACGUGUCCAGAGAACGUCUUCAGAUGGAACCACAGAACUCAUCAUGACCAGCCAGAUUAAAUAUGCACCAUCAAAGUUCCAAGACAUCAUUUCUAGAAGCUUCCAGAUCCACCCAGGACCUCCUGCUCGGUAUCAGCUGGUGAAGAAAGAGAGUCUGGAUGGAGAGAGAGAGGGAGAGUCUAGACUCAGAAGAUGGACCUUUGGAGAAAGAGAUCCCAGUAAGGUUAAUAAAACCAUCCUGCUGGUGGGAGGGACAGGAACAGGGAAGUCAACCAUGAUCAACGCUCUGGUCAACUAUGUCAUGGGAGUAGAGAUGGAGGACAAGGUCUGGUUUGAGAUCGUAGAAGAGGGAGGAAGAAGUCAGUCUGAGAGUCAAACAUCAGAGGUGACCGUGUACCAGAUCUGUGGGUUUGAGGAGGGUAGAGUUCCCUUCUCUCUCACCAUCAUCGACACCCCGGGGUACGACAGUACAGGGGAGUCUCAGAACACAACACAAACAGUUGCCAAAAAAAUUCAAGACUUAGUCAUGUUGAAUGAAGAAAUUAAUGCAGUGGCCUUAGUGGUGCAUGCAGAUUUGAAUCGACAGCAGAAUAUUUUUCAUUCAGUUUUGGAUUUUUUUGGAAAAGACAUGGGGAACAACAUAGUGUUCCUCAUCACUCACUCAGAUGGGAUGUCAGCACCUAGUGUCCUGCAGGCUAUUCAAGAUGCUAACAUCAAGUGUCGCAAAAAUGACAGCAACCAACCAGUUCAUUUCCAGUUCAACAACUCCCAGAAUAAGAUCAUAACAGAUGACAUUGAGUUUGGAUAUGAGUGUGCAUGGAAGCUCACAAUGAGAGGAAUUAAGGGUUUUCUUAAUGUCAUGGAAAAUGCUGUAUCGCAAAAAUUACAAAUGAACACAAAGAUUUUGAGAGAGAAAAAACUCAAAGACAUCAUUUCUAGAAGCUCCCAGAUCCACUCAGGACCUCCUGCUCGGUAUCAGCUGAAGACACAGAAAGAGAGUCUGGAUGGAGAGAGAGAGGGAGAGUCUAGACUCAGAAGAUGGACCUUUGGAGAGAGAGAUCACAGUAAGGAUAAUAAAACCAUCCUGCUGGUGGGAGAGACAGGAACAGGGAAGUCAACCAUGAUCAACGCUCUGGUCAACUAUGUCAUGGGAGUAGAGAUGGAGGACAAGGUCUGGUUUGAGAUCGUAGAAGAGGGAGGAAGAAGUCAGUCUGAGAGUCAAACAUCAGAGGUGACCGUGUACCAGAUCUGUGGGUUUGAGGAGGGUAGAGUUCCCUUCUCUCUGACCAUCAUCGACACCCCGGGGUACGAAAUCCAAAAUAACAUAGCUAUAGUUGUCAAACUUCUUAACUUAUUCAAACAUGGCGCAAUUCAACAAAUUGAUGCAGUAGGUUUGUUGAUUAAGUCAAGUACAAACUGUGUGAAUGCCAAGCAGAAGAACAUAUUUGAAGAUGUGUCUCUUGCUGAAGACAUGGAGAAGAACAUAGUGUUCCUCAUGACUCACUCUGAUGGAAUGCCACCUACCGACGCCCUGCAGGCUAUUGAAGAUGCUGACAUCAAAUGUGCCAAAGAUAAGAAUGGAAAACCAGUUCACUUCCUGUUCAACAACCACCAGAAUAAGGUAAUCACUGAAGAAACUGACAGGGUCUAUGAGUUUGCAUGGAAUGUCUCGGAGAAAGGAAUUGAGGGAUUCUUCACAUUCUUGAAACAUGCUAAACCCCAAAGAUUACAAAUGACCGUAAAUGUUUGGAAGGACAGAAAAUUCAAAGGCAAUAUUUCUCAAAGCAAGUGUCACCCAGGACCUCCUGCUCGAUAUCAGCUGGUGACUAAGAGAGAGAGUCUGGAUGGAGAGAGAGAGGGAGAGUCUAGACUCAGAAGAUGGACCUUUGGAGAGAGAGAUCACAGUAAGGAUAAUAAAACCAUCCUGCUGGUGGGACAGACAGGAACAGGGAAGUCAACCAUGAUCAACGCUCUGGUCAACUAUGUCAUGGGAGUAGAGUUUGAUGAUGAAGUAUGGUUUGAGAUUAUACAAGAGGAAAAAAUAUGUCAAACUAAGAGUCAAACAUCAACGGUGACCGUGUAUGAGACCUUUGGGUUUGAAGGUCAUAGAGUUCCUUAUUCCCUCACCAUCAUCGACACUCCGGGGUUUGGAGACACAGAAGGAGUCCAGAAAGAUGAAAUCUUUGAGAAACUGCAUGAUUUGUUCAGAUCUUGGAAAGGAAUUCGUGAAAUUGAUGCAGUAGGUUUUUUGGUGAAGGCAGAUACAAACCGUCUGGAUGACAAACUAAGGUACGUGUUUGAUGCAGUUGUAUCUCUGUUUGGAAAAGACAUGAAAAACAACAUUGUGUUCCUCAUCACUUACUCUGAUGGAAUGCAAGCUAACAAUGCCCUCAAGGCUAUUGAAAAAGCAAAGUUGAAGUGUGCCAAAUGUGAAAAUGGCAACCCGGUUAAUUUCCUGUUUAACAACAACCAGACUGACAUCCCCACAGAAAAAACUAAGGACACUCAUAAGUUUUCAUGGAGACAAACAAUGAGUGGCAUGGAUGGACUCUUCAACUUCCUGAAUAAAACAAAACCUCAGAAGUUGAGCAUGACUGUUAAUGUUAUGACAGAGCGCAUCAGGCUCAAGGCUUGCAUCGGAAACUUAAAGGACAGACUGGAGCUGAUUGAUCUGAAGCAGACUGAGAUUCAACAGAAAGAGAAAGCUUUUACGAAACACAAAGAAGAGAUGGAGAGAGUUGAAGCUUUGUUUCAAGAGAAAAAAGAUACUCUUGAGGGAUGUAAUCAAGCGAUGCAGGAAAAUCAGAACUUUGAAUAUGAAGUUCACGAGCCAUACAAAGUCAGAGUCCCCAUCGAUGCCUUGUGGGACAACAAGGCUGUCACCUGCCUGGACUGUGAGGAGAACUGCCACUACCCAGGAUGCACCUUGGCUAUAAAUCCUUCCUGGUGUGAAGUCUUGAAGAAAGAUCAUCAAGGUGUGCUGAGAUGUACAUCAUGCACAGGAAAGUGUACCGUUGACAAACAUGUCAAAGAAAAAUGGAGUUAUGUGAACAAGACCAAGAAGGUUAAGAAGAACGAUCAGGAAAAAAAGACGACGUAUGAAAACAACAAACAAAACAAGGCAGAGACUGAGAAGAAGAUGAGAGAUGUGGAAGAGACGAAAGACAACGAAGCAAAUGCAGCCAACAAGGUGGAGCGUGAGUUGUCAGGACUUAUGGCAGAGAAAGAGAACCUGGAGAGAGACAAGAUCAGAUGGGUGGAAGAGGCUUAUCAACAUGUGGUCAGACUAGAGGAGAUCGCCCUCAAUGCUGGUUCUCUGUUUGUUCUCAUCCACCUGGACUUCCUGACAGAGAAGAUGAAGGAGACAGGAGACCAGGAGAAGGUCCUGAAGCUGGAGGAGAUGAAGACACGAGCUGGAGAAGGAAGAGAACAAGAAGUUACAUACAUGAGAGCUGGCUUAAAGAAAGUUGGUCAAGCAAUCGUAAAAAAUAUUUGGGGUCAGAGUGGUGAAGAUUCAGAAUAUACAAAGAGCAAAGAAUCCAAAACUCAGAACAAGUAGAAAACCAGUAUUGAAUAUUUUUGGGAACUGAUUACAUAAUGAAUACAGUAUGCUUAGAAACAAGCAUAUGUGCACACACACAUCUGUUUCUGGUUUUGGUGACAGAUGUGUCACCUUACCUGCAAGUUCAUUAUAUUGUGAUACGUAUCCAGUCUGUCUAUAAUCUAAACUAUAGAUAAUUCUUUAAUUCAAACAUAAUUUGUACAUUUCUGUUUCGUAUCUUUGAUCUCCUUUAGAGUUGAAUGUUUAUCCAUGAAAUUUACAGAAAAUAUAAGCACAGUAAAUUGCUCUACCUUAACAAACCUUGAACAUCCAUUUUCUUUAUGUAUUUUAAUCAUGCAUGUUACAAUGAUC